AUGGUUAACAACAACUCUCGAAUGCGAAUAACUCAAAUGAAAUUCGACUUUGGGCCGCGAGGCGGUGUUCGAAACAUGACGAGUCACCACUACGUGGAGAAAGGAAGUAACGUGACCCCGGAACUGUUAUUGCGAGGGUCCGAUGCAAAAUACUUCGUUCGUGGUUUCAGAGGGUUCUUAUGUUUGUUGCACUACGCUGGAAGGUGCCCAACUGAAACCAUGAACAUCACAAAGUUAUCUAUCAAGGGAGUAAAUCAGACCGAAGCAACGAAUAUCACAGGAUACUUCGACUGUCAUAGAAGAAGUAAUCAAGGCCUAAGUGGUGUGACUGAAUUGAGGAUCAAGCUAUGGCAUAGACGCCGUGCUACAGUUCACCAGACGAUUUGUCGGAAUGAGAGGAAUCACAUACCGGUUGAUAUUAAUCAAAUGAACCACGUGGGGCCAAACGGAUAUGACAGAGAAAAUGAAGACUGGGAAACAUUGUUUGUAACAGGCAUGAGAGAUUUCGUGGCACUCGUGGAUAUGGCCUCAAGACUACCACACUACACUCGGGGGUCAAAACGCAUGAUAGUCAAGGAUAUGGACCGGGAGGAGUUUGUGAAAGUGGUGGAGUUUUUUACAGACCUGGAAGCAGGAAUGGUUUGCUUCCCAGGAUUAGUACACUUGGUUCACAAAAGCGAUUUGUAA